AUGGAGAUCGCCGCGACGGCAGUCGGCGUGCUGGGCCUCGUCGGGUUGUAUAGCACCUGCAUCGAGAUGCUGGACGCCCUGUCGUCGGCCGCGCGCUACGGCAUCGGUCGCGAGCUUCUCCAGACCAAGAUCGAGGUAGAGCGCGUGCGCCUCAUGAUAUGGGGGGACUCGGUCGGCCUCGCCAACAUCGACCUGUUCGCCGGCAAGAAGGAGCCAACCGAGGACGACCUGGCCGCCGUCGACGAGGGACUGCAGCGGAGGGCCCUACGAGACGCCGUCGCCGGUCUGUUGACGUGCUUCCUGCGCACCUUCGAGGACGUCGAGGACCUGCAGAAGCGGUACGGCCUCGUGCCACAAGGCGACCAUGACAGCUCGGUAGCGGCAGGGUCGACGGGAUCCGGAGAUAUCGCAACGCAGCCGGCCCGAGAGCUACUGACGUCGACCUUCCGCAAGACGUAUGAGCGUUUUCAAGAUCGCGCCGCAGCGUCCCAAAGGCGAGCCACGCCCCUGACCAAGGCGAAGUGGGCCAUCGCCGACGAGAAGAAGUUCCGCGCCCUCAUCGGCGAGCUGCGCGCCAUCAACGACUCGCUAACGUCGCUGCUCCCUGCCGUGCGAGACCGUACCCGCGUCCGUGUGCGCGCCGAGAUCAUGCGCGCCACCGACGUCGGCCAGCUGCAGAGCUUGGUCGAUGCCUCUGACGACGCUGCCGACAUCGUCGCCGAGACGGCGAGCCUGAGGAUCGAGAUGCUCUCCACCAGGCAUGGUCACGCCGUGGCGAGGAAGCCGGUGGCCAGGACAGUGCAAGUCGCGCCGCCGCCGUUGGUUCCGGUGCCAGACCAGAGGACGCUGACGCCGGAACCGCCGCUCGUGAUCCUAUCGACGCCCGAGGCGACGCCGGUGUCCCCCGUUGUGACUCCGGCCCCGCCUGCGGGGCCCGCGUUCGUUCCCUACGACAACAUGGGAGCGCUUGUGGUACACAAAGUCUACAAGACAUCCAAAAGCCUCAUGUGCUAUGCCUGGCUUUCGGGUAUCGGAGAGGUUCCGGAGCUGGCAGUCACACAGCCCGAGUUCCACCCAGCAUUUGCGUUGAGAUUCCUUCCAGCGUCCAUUAUCCCCGUCGCCGACAGCGUCUUCGAGAUUGACGUUGAGGCGGAUUCUGGCUAUGCCGGCUGGUCUCCCGGCUCGGCCUCGCUGACUGGUUUCUCACGAGAGCUUAACUUCUGGCGAAAAGUCGAGGAUUCGACAGAAAGACCACCAGAGCCCUCCUGGCAGCGCACCUCCGACACCAUCCCUCUCAAGUCAGCUUUCAUUCUCAAGAGAUGGAAAGCGGUUGUAAAUGAUGGUCUGGGCAGUGACUGGACCGAACAAGAAGGAUACAAUUCGGUCAGAGAGAUAUGUGGUCCCAGCGACUACACAUGGCUCGACAAGAACGAAACGAUAAAGAUCAGGCACCAGAUAUCGGACUUGCUGGCCGUCAUGAGUGUCUCGCGCGUGCCGAGCCUCGAGGAAACUGCCAGUAUUGGCCUACUCGCCAACAUUGAACAGCUCACGCACAGCGCCAACUUCGGCUUCCUCGACUUCCUCCUGCAGAUGCUCAUGGCGCGGGAGGUGACGCUGCGCAUGGCCAAGGACAAGCGUCGCUGGUACGGCGGCGUCACGGUGCGCAUCGUCUACGACAUGGUCGCGGCCGAGCUCUGGAGCAGCGGCAUGCACCUCGCCUCGAAGGACAGUUUCGAGGCGCGCGAGGCGACCAAGGCGCAGCAGACCAACGGCAUCCUCAGGUUCGCCGAGGAGAUGCAGUGGCCGUACCUCUCCGAGAUCCGCGAGACGGCCGCCAAGUGGCUCACGCCCGAGGCGAGCAACAUCAUCAUUGACAUCCGCACGUGGGACUGGAUGGGGGGCCUCGUGCUGCCCGGCGCCAUGUUCCCGAUGGCCAUGAUUGGCACGCUGUACGGCAUGUCGCCGACGCUGCGCACGCGCCUGCCCAGCGCGAUCGUCAAGUCGCGCCACGGCAACUACGGCAUCGUCUACCCGCAGGCAUCGUACUGGAGAGUUCGCUCCGUCCUUGGCAAGGUGCUGGCGCCCUUGUCUCUGGUGGAGGACGACGAUCCGGUGGCGGCGGCGGGGAGACAGAUCAAGUGCCUCGGCGGCUGGGUUGGGCCUUGUCCCUCGCCCUCGCUUCCCGAAUCGACUCUGGGGCUUUUAGCGGAACUCAAGGGUCGUCCGCCGUCGUGGGUGGCCGAGGAUACGGGAGACGCGGGAGACGCGGCGGCCACCGUGUUCCCGACUACGUCUCAGAGCCAUCAGGGCAACACCGCCGAGUGGGCGCUCCCCACGCCGCCGCCGCCGCCGUCGAGCGAGACCGUCACGCUGCAGACCCUCCGCCUCGUCCGGGCGGCGGUGGCGCCUCGGCCGGCUGAUGGCGGCGACGCGAGGGGGGACGCCGCCCCGCCCAUCUACCAGGCGCGCCUCGACUUCCGCCUCGCGCGCAGCGGGCUGAUGGCGACGAUGACGCUGCACGCCAACAGCGUCUUCGUCGCGGCGCUGCCGUGCCGUGGCGGGCCGCACCGGAUCAAACCCGGCACGGCGGCGGCCUACACCUUCCGCGCCCUCGGCGUCGAAGACCUCCCACGCGCGGAGCUCGACGGCGGCGCCACGGCCGUGACGGUCGUAAACGCCACGGGGGGUCCCGCGGCCGAGACGUUCGCCAGGGCGUGGUGCUCCGAGAAGGGCACGAAUGCCGUGGUGUGGAAGAGGGGGGAGGGGGGCUGCUGCUUCAAGUGCGCAUUGAUGCUUGCGGGGAGGGAGGGCGUGGCCGCGGGGGUUUUGAUCAUGUGUUGA